UAUUCAAGAUCACCCAAUUUUGUAAUUGGCAACCACCAUCAUAUCUAUAAAUAAUAACACCGCACAAAAAUAAUGAGAGCUUCCUACCAUCAUGCAGUCACAAUAUUGCCGUAGGUCCCGCGUGAAAAAUAACUAGCUUCGAAAAUGACGACCGUCUUCGCCCGAAUAGUAAAGUUUUCAAUCGCCUACCCAGUUACCCGGGGAAUGGCUUCGUAUGCAGUGAUAUGGCCGACCGGAUGUCUUAUACAACAAAUGGCUUUUGGAGAUGAACAAUUUGACUUUGCCAGGGCAGCUCGGUUUGGACUGUUUGGAGCAUUUUAUGUGGCACCGACUUUAAAUGCAUGGCUAACUGUUGCACGUUACUUAUAUCCAAAGAAUGAUCUCCGUAGCGCUAUCAUAAAAGCACUUUUGGAGCAAGUAACGUAUUCACCUUGUGCGAUGGUGAGCUUUUAUUUUGGUAUGUCUUUACUGGAGGGGAAGACGGUCGAGGAAGCGAAAAAAGAAGUAGAAAAAAAGUUUUUACCAACAUAUAAGGUGGGUGUAGCGGUUUGGCCUUUACUACAGGUGUUCAAUUAUACAAUGAUUCCAGAAAAAAAUAGGAUUCCAUUUGUUAGUCUAUGCAGUCUAGCAUGGAGUUCAUUUUUAGCUUAUAUGAAUCACUGUAGUGUAAAAAAGGAAAACUUGUUAGCUAUUAAAUAAAGAAACAGAAUCAUUCCAAAAAAAA